AUGACAUGUUCGCUCGUACAUCCAUCGUCGCCAACUGGGCACAAUCGUCGCAUUGAACUCGCUGGCAUUGAUCUAUGGGUUCGUGCCCGUACGGACAAAGUAUUCGCGUAUCCAUCUGAAUUGGAUAUUGAACGAUUCAAAAAUGCACUGAGUCGUACUCUCUCCUUAUGGCCUGCCAUUGCCGGUCGUUUUCUCUUGCUCGAUGGUGAUCAUUAUGUGAUCGAAAUGUCAGAUAAUCCAAUACCAAUGACUUAUGUUGAAAAUACUGAUCUAGCCACUUGGCCAACGCAUUUGAAUAUUGUUGCAGAAGUACAUGAAAAUCUACUUGAUCCAUUCAUUGACGGAGUACAAAUUAUCAAGUUAAUUUCUGAUUCUCAAGAUGAGCCUCUCCUUCGUUUGAAACUCACUCGUCUUGUGCAAAGCGGCGAAUGGAUCUUGGGAGUUAGUUGGGCACAUAUAGUGGGUGAUGCUGCUGCCCUUUUACAUUUCUUAAAUACUAUCUCACGUUUCUAUCAACAUUUGGAACCACUCGAUCCUUUGCCUGUCUUCGAACGACGUCUAUGGCACGAAGAUGAAGCCAAUCAAACUUUUCUACCAAUGAUGAAACAUUUGACACAUGCUGGGCCAUUACAGGAGAUGUUUCAACGUUAUAGCAGUUGGAAAGAUACUCAUGAACAACUUAAUUUGCGUUUCUCCGGUGAACAAUUAGAAAAGUUGCAUGCAUUAGCCGGUGGACACACUGUCACUAUUCAAGAUUCUCUCUCAGCCUAUCUUAUUCUAACAUUGAAUACUUAUUGUUAUCGAGAUGAUGAUCAACGACUUAUUCAACGUGCAAAUACCGUAGUCAAUUUUCGUGGUGUUUCCAACUCAAUUGCUCCAGUGGGACAUGUUUCCAAUGCGAUCUUUAUGAUGUUGUCCGAGAAUUUCGAUGAUCCAUUAUCUUUACAAAGUAUUGCGAAAACAAUUCGUCGCUCCAUUGUUCGAUCACGUGAUCCUCAACUUCUCGAGACUUGGUUGACUACAGCUGAUGGAUUAAUGAGAAAAAUAGUACAUGAAAAUCGGAUGGUUAACUGGAGACAAUUUCCGAAUGAAGUGAUCAUUAAUUCGAAUUUUCGAUAUGAUUGGGCAGCUCUGGUCGAUUUCGGCUACACGGAUAAAUGUCGCAUGUAUACAAUAUGGACGGGUCCAUUAUAUUUCCGUGUAUUUCGUCUCAACCCAGAGUUUAAUGGUCACGAAUGGUUGCCACGAGAUCGUAAUGGAGCUGAAGUUGCAUUUCGCAUCGAGAAUGACAUGAAAGAACGAUUUCUUAGCGCAUUGAAAAAAGACUUUGAGGAGAAUUUUGCUAAUGUCAAGCAAUAA